AUGAGCUCGCCGUUCAACCUCCUUACGACGGGGGCGCGUUUCGACCGGUCGCGCUUCUCAAACGACUUUGACCUCUUCACUAAGAAGAAGGCCAAGAAGGACAAAGGCAAGGGCAAGGCGAAGGAUGUGCUGCCGUCGUCGCUGAACUUCUUCGGCGACUCGAAGGCUGCGCCGGAAGAAUCCGACUCGGGCUCUGAAAGCGAUGCCUCCUCUUCGUCUUCCUCGUCUGCCGCCUCCAUCCCCGAGCCGCCGAAACAGAAGAUCACCCUUACUGGCCCCGAACCGCUGCCCGCCUCGCUCGGCACCGACCUCGAGUCGCUCUUCGAGAAGGACGACACGCUGAAGAAGCCGAUGCUGCGCAACCUCGCCUCCACUAACAUCCGGUCCCUGUGGGGUGUGCAGUGUGCCGUCGCCGGAUCCCUGCUCGACGGCCAGGACACGAUGUGCGUUGCCCCGACGGGUUCCGGAAAGACACUUGCGUACCUCCUUCCUCUUCUCGUCGCUCUCAAGACGCCGAGUAGGAAGAUGGACGACAAGGACAAGGGUGUUCGCUCGCUUAUUGUCGUGCCGACGCACGACCUCGCCGUUCAGAUCCAUCAGGUCCUCUCCGCCAUUUUGCCGCCGAAGUGGCGUGCGCUCGUCCUUUCCAAGGCGACGCAAAAGGCUGUGUGCGAGUCCGCCCCGGGACCCAAGUUCGGCAAGAUCGAGUCGGACGACGAUGACGAGGAAGAGGAGGAGCGGGAAGGCAACCUCGGUAUCGACUUCCUGAUUGCCACGCCGGAGAGGCUGCACCACCUCCUCGAUGAGGGACUUGUGACGCGCUACCUCGUGCUCGAUGAAUGUGACCGUCUCCUCUCGGCCGACUUCAAGCCGCAGGUCGUCCCCAUCGUCGACGCGUGCACGGGCGACGUGCAAAAGUGUCUCCUGUCGGCCACGAUGCCGGCUGGUGCCGAGGAGCUGGCGCGCGCGUGGCUGAAGGACGCGGGUGUGCGAGUCGUCGUGGGUCUUAAGGAUUCAGCGGUCACGACAGUGGACCAAUCACUCCUCUACACUGGAAGCGAGCAGGGCAAGCUCCUCGCGCUCCGAAACCUGAUCGCGGAGGGCGGAUUGCCGUACCCGUCGCUCAUCUUCGUCCAGAGCGUUGAGCGUGCUGACGAGCUCGCGCGCCAGCUCGUUCUCGAUGGCGUGCGCGCUGAGGCCGUGCACGGCGGCAAGUCCAAGACGCGGCGUGACCAGGCCAUCGCCGACUUCCGUACGGGUGCGGCGUGGGUGCUCGUCGUGACCGAGGUGCUUGCGCGUGGUAUGGACUUCCGUGGCGUCAAGGUUGUGGUGAACUAUGAUUUCCCGCAAACCGUUCCCUCGUACAUUCACCGUAUCGGCCGUACGGGCCGUGCUGGCCGUCCCGGAAAGGCGAUCACGUUCUUCUCGACCGAGGACGGUCCCUACCUCCGCACGAUCGCGAAUGUGCUCCGCGCUUCCGGCUGUGCUGUCCCCGAGUACAUGCUACAGAUGCCCAAGGCGAGCAAGAAUCUCAAGCGCAAGCUCGCCAAGGCGCCUGUUAAGCGCAAGGCUGUUGGCGGUGGUGGCAGGGACCUCAUCAAGGAGGCGGGCAAGAAGAAGAAGCAGAUGAUCGAGGCGAGCAAGCGAAGAAAGGAGGCUGCCGCUAAGGGCAAGGGCGAGAAGGAGGGCAAGGGAGGGAAGAAGGCGGAGAAGAUGGACGAGAGCGACUAG